AUAUAUGUAGAGAUAUCGAAAGGAAAAAAAUAUAAAGAAACAAAACGCUUAGACUCAGAGAUGGCUGCAUUGGUGAAAGAAACAGUCUUCAACAACGAUGCUGAUGGUUCCAUCAGGGUUAAAGGUGGAUUAGGCAACAACAGCUACUUCAAGAACUCCGUUUAUCAGAGAUUGGCUACGAAUGCGGUAAAGGACAUAAUAGAUGAUGCAAUUUUCAACAAGCUAGACGUGAAGUCCUUGUUAACUACAUCAAAUACCAUUGCUCUUGCAGAUUUGGGAUGUGCAGUUGGUCCAAAUACAUUUACUUCUAUGCAAAAUAUUAUAGACGUUAUUAAAAAUAAGUACCAAUCUCAAAACCCUAAUUGGACAACAAUGCCUGAAUUUCAAGUUUUCUUUAAUGACAAAACCUCAAACGAUUUCAAUACUCUUUUCACUUCUCUCCCGCCGGACCGGGAAUAUUUUGCCGCCGGCGUGCCCGGUUCUUUUUACCACCGAUUAUUCGCUGAAUCUUCUCUCCAUGUCGUGCAAUCCCAUUAUGCAGUGUAUUGGCUAUCUAAAGUGCCAGAAGAGCUAGAAGACAAAAACUCUACUGCUUGGAAUAAAGGGAGGAUUCAUUAUGCAAAUGCCACAAAUGGUGAAGUGCUUAAAGCAUAUGCAAGACAAUGGGCUGAAGAUUUUAAUGACUUCUUGAAUGCUAGGGCUAAAGAGAUUGUGCCUGGCGGAUUGCUUAUCGUCGUCAUGCCAAGUAUUCCUGACGGAAUGCCUUACUCUCAGCUAGCUAAUGGGAUAUUGUUCAAUUGUUUAGAAUCCAUCCUCGUUGACAUGGCUAGAAGGGGAGUAAUAGAGGAAGAAGAAGUUGAUGAAUUCAACAUGCCAAUAUAUGCAGCUCCUCCUGGAGAGUUUGCUGCUGCAGUGGAAAAGAAUGGAAGUUUCAAGAUUGAAGAAAUGGGACUAGCAAAUCCAGCGCCAUGGCUAACAGAUGGAGUUCAUGUUGACAUGAUAGAAUUCUUAAGGCACAUAAGGGCAGCAUGGGAAGGAAUGUUCAUUAAACAGUUUCCAACAGAAAUUGUCAAUGAAAUAUUCCAGCAGUUAACCGUUAAACUCCCUGAGGUUUUUGAACAGAUGGAAACAGCAUACAAGGACAAAAUUCAAUCUCACUAUGUGUUACAACGCAAGUGAAUUUAAUUUCACUUGUUCUAGAAUAUAUAAUAAUAUGCAUUUCUUGUAUUGUUAGUACUGUAUGUAUUCCCUUAAAAAACUGUUAUUUUAAGUUCGUUGGCUUCAAGAACCGAAUUAAGGUCAAGAGUAAAACUAAUUGUUGGAGAAGUAAUUUCUUGAAAUUAAUUGAUGUUAUUUUAAUUGCAUAUGCUCAAUUUGUAGCAAAGUCAAAGUCCCGUGAACUAGAGUCAGGAAGAACU